AUGCUUCAGGUGAAGCUAAUAGUAACUGGAGAUGACUUUGGCUAUUGUCCUCGGAGAAACCAAGGCAUCGUGGACUGUUUCCUGGCCGGUGCGGUAUCUAAUGUGUCCCUUCUAGUCAACGGAAGUGCUGCAGCAGAUGCAGCCGAGCUGGCGAGGAGAUACAACAUCCCAAUAGGCCUGCAUGCCAACCUCUCCGAGGGCUCUCCUGUAUGCGAGGUGCUCAAGACAACCUCUUCUCUGCUCAACCAAUAUGGAUUCUUCCAUGGGAAAAUGGGAUUCAGAACAGCGCUAUCAAAAGGUCUCCUGAAUAUGUCAGAGGUGAAGCAGGAGCUAAAGGCCCAGGUGGAGCUGUUCCGUGAGCUGACAGGUCACCUACCUCCUCACAUGGAUGGGCACCAGCAUGUCCACGUCCUUCCAGAGGUCAGACAUGUAUUUGCAGAGGUGUUAGAGGAAUAUGGGAUUAAGUACACACGUGUCCCAAUAGAGCCAGGCCUUCAUAACUGUGACUGGAUUCCACCAUCCCUGAUGGACUUUUAUCUGGGAGUAGAAGAAGACUCUUUUAACACAGUGGAUGUGUUUACAAAGCAUGGAAUAAGGUGGCCAGACAUUUACAUAGGGCUGAGCACCAUGGGCAAGAACAUGUCUGUCAGCAACAUCUGGAGCGCCAUCGAUGCCGCCAUCGUGGAGUUCAUGUCCAAGGCACCCGCGCACCUGACGCCGCAGAGCGGGACCGUAACGAUCGAGCUGAUGGUCCACCCAGGGUACCCGAGCGUCCCGCCCGUCGGCGGCUGCGGGGAGGGACCAGAUGAUUUCUCACAGUCCUGGGAACGCCUCCAUGAACUCCAGACGUUAAUUAAGCCAGAGCUGCAGAGCCAUUACAAAACCAGGAAUAUUCAGCUUUGUUCAUUCAAAGACCUUUAAGUAAUCAAACAUACCUACAUACACGCGUUGAUUCGUACGCUGAAGACGGGCAGUUGCUAAUGCCCCGAGAAGCCAGACCACCGUUACCGGUGUGAUGCCUCUUGGUACGGCCGACAGGAGCUGGGAGUGGCACUGGGAUGAUCACAGAAGAGCAGCACCCUGUGAGCAGCUACAGGCAGUGCCCCAGAGCCCUGACUGGCAGGUUUUAGGCCACAGCAUCGGCUUUGAAUGUGCCAAACCUCUUCCGUGUCACCCACUCGCACGCCACUGCAGCGCAGCGUGGCGGGCAAGGCCCAGCCCUCCGCUCCUGCCAACGCGAUGGCGAGCAGCACAGAGGCAGGCUUUGCUGCAGGCCCAAGCAGCACGCCAGCACCCAGAGGGCUCUGAUCAUUUCUCUUUUUGGACUCGACUGCAAAGAAAAAGCUAGAUGCUGGUGGGGAGGCACUGCUUUGGAGCAACUCCUGGGCACAGGUUGCCCACGGGCGGCCUGGAACCCUCCAGCAUUCUUAAGGCACCCGCCGUGGCCCCUUCCCCUCCCCUCGCGCCGGCCCAUCGACGGCCCGGGCGCAGGGGCCCGUUACCUCAGAGCGUUUCUCUGGCCAGACCAGCCGGAUCACGGGUUUCACGGGUUGGCGUUGGCGGCCUCAGUCCACAUACAGCCUCCGCCAGCGGUAGUUGUGGCUCUCCCUGUUCGCGUUACCUCUUGGCAUUAAGCCGCUGUAGGAAAGUAACAUCAGCCACGGCCCCUUCACAGAGGCUUUUCUUUCUUUUUUUUUUUGGACGACUUUGCAAGAACAGCAACUGUUGACCCAUCUGCUAUUUCAGUAACUGCUGCACACGAGAGCUCACCAGCAACUGUUCCUGUGCUGCCUCGCGUCAGAAACGCGUGGGACGGCUGCGUACAGCUACGGGCAAGUUUUCAAGUGGAGAACGUCCCCGUAUUUGUCCAGUUUUCUUACUGCCAUCGAAGCAUCUGGACUUCAACAAGCCUUAGUAACACUGAUAUGGUUAACUGUGCUCUUAACUGUGGCCCUGUCGCUCAUGUAUAACUUUCACAUGGGGAAAAAAACGUUUUAGAUUGUUCAUGCUCAUUUUCUGCACAAAAGUGAUCGAUUUAACGUAAUCAUUUUUGGUUAACUGGUUUUUUAAAUAUUAAAAAUUUCAAGAUGA